AUGCCUGCGAGGUCUCAGAGCCAUAAACCAAGUAAUGCUCGCCACGCGCGUACGACUUCGUGGUCGAGUGGUUACCAUCAUUUAAUACAGGGCAACGGUAACGGCGAAUCCUCCGAAGCUGCUCAACCUCCUCGACGUCGCCGCGAGUCCCAGAUCUCUCUCGCCAGUGUUGACGAGAGCCCCUCCUCCGACACUCCAAGUUUCGAUGACCACGAUAUGAUUCGCAAUACCUCAAUGGAUUUGGACGGUCAGAAGAACCAACAUGUGCGCAGCCGCUCGCAGAGUCAGGGCCAGCUCCUGGCCAUGCAGCAGUCGACCAUGUCCACCGAACCUCCCGCUCGUCCCGCUCCCGUUACUUGGAUGUCGCUACCUCGGAAGGGCCAAUUGGGUCUGCUAGGUCUCUGUCGUGUCUUUGACUUUUUGCAAAUCGCCUCGCUGCAGGCCUAUAUGUUCUAUCAGCUCAAGUCCUUCGAUGAGAACCUCUCCGACUCCGACGUUGCUACCCAGGCUGGUAUCCUCCAGGGCGCUUUCACUGCCGCCCAGUUUGCGACGGCCAUCCCAUGGGGUCGUGUGGCGGAUGCUGAGUGGGGUGGUCGGAGAUUCGUCCUGCUUGUAGGUCUAUGUGGAACAGCUGUGUCUUGUUUGGGUGUCGCUUUCUCGACGUCGUUCGCGCAGGCCGUGUUCUGGCGCUCGUUUGGUGGUGCUAUCAACGGAACUGUUGGAAUUAUCAGAACUAUGAUUGCCGAGAACGUGAAGGAGAAGAGAUUCCAUUCACGCGCUUUCUUAAUUUUGCCCAUUGGAUUUAACAUUGCGUCCUUGUUUGGUCCUGUCAUGGGUGGUAUGUUAGCCGACCCUGUGAAGAGUUACCCCCGCUUGUUCGGCCCGAACUCGUCUUUUGGAGGCGAGAAUGGCGUUCAGUGGCUGGAGCGUUACCCUUAUUCGCUCCCCAUGUUUGCCAACUUUGUCUUCUUGUCGGUCUGUGCAUGCUUGGUGGCUUAUGGCUUGGAAGAGACACUUCUUUCUUGCAAGGGCAAGCCAGGCCUGGGAGCUUUCGCUAUGAAGCUUUUCGCUCGCGUUGUCCGACGCGUGGUCGGUACUUCCUCGCCUCUGUACUCCCGGCUCCCUUUCCGCGAGUACGAGGAGAAUGGUCCCCUACUUGCCGGUGCCUUGGAUCGCUCCGAGAGCUAUGAACUCGAGGAGAAGGCUAGCAAGCCUAUCCGCGUCAAGCGCGUGUUAUCAUUCCGCCGAAUCUGGACCAAGAACGUCAUGUGCACCCUUAUCGCACAGGCGUUCUUCGAUUUCCAAAUGGGUGCUUUCAACAACCUCUGGCUGCUAUUCUUGUCGACCCCCCGCUACGAUCCCUCUGAUCCCGCAAGCCCCGUCCAGAGCAUGCCCUUCGCCUUCACCGGUGGCCUUGGUAUGCUUCCUCAAAGCGUUGGUUUUGCGACCGCUAUUCUCGGUGUCAUUGGCAUGUUCCUCCAGUUCACCAUCUACCCCUCCAUCAACGGCCGAUUGGGUACGGCCAAGAGUUACCAAUACUUCCUCUCCCUCUUCCCACUGGCCUAUGCAUUGGCACCUUACAUCGCCUUAGCUCCUUCUAGUACUCCACCUCCCGGCCAGGCCAACGGUCCAUGGGUUUGGGUGUGGAUUAUUGUUGUGCUCUUCUGCCAAGUCACUGCACGAACCUUCACCCUUCCUACUUCUAUUAUUCUGCUCAACAACUGCUCGCCACACCCAUCGGUCCUUGGAACGAUUCACGGCAUUGGCCAGUCCGUGUCCUCUGCCUUCCGAACCAUCGGUCCCAUUUUCUCGGGUGCGUGGUACGGAUACGGUUUAGAUGUUGGCAUGGUUGGUUUCGCUUGGUGGUUAGUUGCCUUGGUGUCCGUCUUUGGCUGCGUUGCUGCCAUUUUCGUGUAUGAGGGCUCUGGUCAUGAAAUUCUCCUCCCUGGCGAGGAGGAUGAGGUCCUGGAACAGGGACACUAG